UGUGCCUCUUUCCCUUCAGGAAUGUUCCAUGGAAAAUGGGAGACCACCUGAUCCUGCAGACUGGGCCGUGAUGGAUGUAGUGGAUUAUUUCCGAACAGCAGGAUUUGAGGAGCAAGCCCGUGCUUUUCAGGAGCAGAUGACAUCAUUCUGGGCACUAGAGAUGCUGAGAUGAAAAGAGGAACAUUUCAUUCAGAAAUCCUUCAAAGGGGACACAGACAUCUUGCUACAGUGAUGAGUCUGCCAACCCAGUGGUGAGUCUGGGAAAUGAAUUCCCAGAAGACUGACAUUUUGCAAUCCUGGUCUAGAAAUUCAAGUUCCAUCAUUCUUAUCUAUGGGUGGGUGAAAAGUCUGUUGUCAUUAUUCCCUGGAAAUUAUUCAAGUUUUAAAUUUCUGAAAUGACCAUUGCUUUUCCUCUUUUCAUCAAAGGAAAUGGAGGGUAAGGUGGAAAUCACUGGUUAGGCUCAGGCCAGAAGGACAGGUCAUUGCCGUGAGUUUUAUGAGGAUGGCGAAUCGUCCUUGCUACAGCUGCCCUCUCUCAUAUUAACCUGCUUCUUCCAUUGGCCAGUCUCACUUCUAAGAUCUUCCUGGCAAUGACCUCAGGCAGAUGGCCAGAUAACUUUCAGCCACCAAAUGUAUCCUGACCAGAAAACUAAAGACCAUCUUCAACCUAAAUUCAUGACCCUUCCAGGCAUAUUUCUAGGACGUAGCCAUGGAGAUCCGUAAGAAUGGUCAUCCAUAUCCUACAAUCUUUGAGGAAAGAUUUUGCCUUGCCAUUUGACAGAAUUAGGACAGGAACAGAGAAAAGUCACUAAAACCAUUUUUGCAAAGAGCAAAUUCAGAAAGGGCAGUGCACUUGCCAGUAAGUUAGGAGAUUACUAUUUCAUGGCUAUUACAAAGCAAAUGAUUGUGUCCUCCCAAACUCCUAAUUUGAAAACCUCAUUUGCAGUGUGAUAGUGUUCAGCUGUAAGAGAUAGUUAGGUUUAGAUAAGGUCCUGAGGUUGGAGCUCCAUGACAGGACUAGUUCCCUUCUUAGAAGAGCCACAGAGCUCGAUAUCCAUCCCUACCACCAUGUAUUGUUAAGCAAAAACUUAACUGGCCAUCUCCAAGCCAGAAAAAGAAUCAUCCCCAAGACAAUGACUAUGCUGGUAUCCUGAUUUUAGGCUUGCAGCCUGUAGGACUGCUGAAAAUGAAUUUGAAUUGUUUAUACCAUCCAGUUUGUACUAUUGUUAAAGCUACCCAUGCUAAGAUACCAAUAUGGAUGCCAAACAUGCCCCCCAACAUGUGAGCUGAAUUUGAGAGGGGAAUCUGUCUUCAUGGUUUGGUUUCAUAGUACAUUGCUGGGUGCUCUCUUCUAGCAGCCACACCCAAAUAAAACUAGAUAUAGCUUUCUAGCAGUAUGACAUUUUGGAAGCUAUUAGGCCACAGAGUGAGAUUCUUCUGAUGGAUAGGAAUACUGACUCCAGUUCCUGGGGUAUGAGGAAGCAGGUGGGGUAAGCUAAUGAUCUUUGCCUCACCUCCUUUUCCCUGUAUGACAUUCUGCUACCACGUAAUGAUUGCGUCUGUUAGCUUUCCCCCAAUGUAAUUAUCUCCAUCAAGUUUUCUGGAAAGCCUGAUUUGAACCUCAUUCAUGAACCACAGUUACAAACCAAAAGAACUAACAAGAGGUAAGGGCUAAGCUCAUGGUCACUCAACCACCAAUGACUCAGUGUCAACAGUGUGUGUGUUUUAGUCUGUAUUACUGUUCUGGCCAGACCCAUUUUAUUACCGAUAAUGUUACUUGCUCUUAGCUUGGCAUGUAGCCUAUGUCAUCAGGGCUGCAACUGUUUUUGCUUGGUGGAGGGACUCUGCCCUCUGCCCACUGGACUUACUAACAGAGCUCUUAAGUGUUCCCUGGACUGUGAGAGCAGGAAGCAGUAGGAGCCCUUCCCAGAGAAGGUGGUGAUUACAACAUCUUCAGUACCAUCUGUUUCCCACCAACGCUAUGGUACAGUCACUGUUUUCUCAGGUCUUUUCUAGUGUAUGGAUCAUCGAAGUUUUAGUGAAGGAUAAGAGUUUGUGUUGUGAAUCUCGGUUUAUUUUCUCCUAGUUUCCUCAUGGUCACUGGCUGAUCCUGGGGAAUUUGCCUCUUCACUCAUUUUUAUUAAGUAAAUAUCGAGUUGAACAAAUAAAAUAUUGUUUAAGCUCCUAUAUGAAGAUUCAAAGGCAUGAUCAUGGAACUGGUCCUCAUGAAGUGUACUUACAGUGCCCAAUAAAAAAACCACAGAAGUUUUUUGAAUAGGUGGUGUGAAACUGACACUUGUUUAUAGAUAUGGGAUGACUGUUUUUCAAGAAUCAAAGGUAUCUCAGGAAUUUUACUUUCCUAAGUGUUUUGGUUUUUAAGAAAGACCAUUUUGACUUACUCAAAAGUAUCAUCACCUUCCUCAGAACACUUAUGAUAAGAUUUAUUUUGUCAAACUCUGAAGACUAAAUUUGACAAAGUAAAUCUCUAUUGCCAUCUGUAAGCAAUGAUCUCAGAUGCCAGUUAAGAAAUUGUGGCAUUCCAUUGUAAAUUACAACUGCAAGUCACAAAGACAAUUCUCCCUGCUGUAGUGUAUCCAUUUCCAUGCCUUUAUCUGUCUGACACACAUAGAAUAUAUGCAAAGAAGACCUCAGAUAGAGAGCUGCCAUUCAAUCACUGUCAUAUAGCUCCAAUGUCUUUUACCUACAAGUGAGUGACAUUAGUGAUUUUAUUCAUAUAUAUAUAUAUAUAUAUAUAUAUAUAUAUAUAGUCAUUUCUUUCAGAGUAUCGUGACAAGAUAAUAUGCAACCCAAGGUGACAAAUUAAUUUUACUCUGUGGCUUCCUUCCUUCAAGCCACAUUAAUAUGAACAAUAUUUUACUCAACAGUAUUUUAACGCAACUGAUUAAGUCACUCAUUUGAAACAUGAAGACUGGAAUUUCUUUUCAGCUAGCUGAUUACUGACCUUGAGCCAAUUUCUGGGGUCACUGACUUAGUGAAGGUAAAUAAACUUUCCUAUUGCUUCUCAUUACCAAGUAUAUUACCUACCUCAGAAUGGACUAGUUAGGGGGAGCGACGAUGAGGGCAACACUGAGCAUAGGGUACUAAGUCAUGCCCAGGUUACAUUCAACCACAGUCAUUCUAGAUGGAUAUUUCUGAUUAAACCAGGGAGCAAUCCAGGUUUUGUACAGCCUCAGAUUUAUUCAAUUCUAAGAUUCAACUUUGGAAAAAUAAACUAAAGGAUGCACACAAAGUGUUAAACAGAAACUCAAGCUUCAUUAGCUUCAUUGUAAGCCAUCUCUGAACUAGGCCAAUUAAAACUUCACACAUUAGAAAUUAAUGACUUUAUUAUGAAUUACUUUUAAUAGUACCAGUAUUGAGAAUAUUCAAAGAGCUCUGAUGUUUAAUAUAUCUUAAUAAUUGAAGGCUACUGAUAUGCUUAAAAUAUUUUAUGGUAUAAUAAAUAGGGAAUGUGGCAACUCAGACUGCUAAUAUGCCUUUUCAGCCCAUAAAUAUUUAGAAACAAUAUUAAAAUAACAAGCAAGUGGGGAAGGCUAUGUAUCAGUCAGUGCUUACUAAAAAAACAUAUUUAAUGCAAGACCUACAAAUGCAGAGUUUACACGAUUGACUUAAAAUGGCAACCCCAGACUGGGUGUGGAUGAGUACAAAAGGUCUGUGCAUUGGGGAUCGGAAAGGGCCAGUCGAAAGCCUAAAGCAGAGGUGGCCCAUGCAAGUUCUUAUCAGAAGGCCAAAGGAUUUGCACUGAACACCUGAAGAGUGAGCUGGAGGCUGAAGAGUCUACACUGGAAGCCAGGAGACAAUAUUCAAGGUGAAGGUGAAGCCUGGGUCUCCUCUGAAGAAACAGAAACGAGACUUCCUUUUUCCUUUCCCCCUUUACACUUUUCAGGAGACAAGACACCCUAGGCUAGGUAUUCUGUCUCCAGUAAAUCCCCUCAGCCACACUCAGAGCUGGGCUGAUCCCACUUAGUUGGAUGUUUCUUACUCAAAUUGACACUGUCAGCGAACCAGCUAACAGUUGGAAAGGAGCCAAGAGAACUGAAAACAAAACUGAUAACAAAACUAUUAUGUUUUAUUGAAACAUAAUAGAUUUAUACAAAAUAAAUGUAUUAAUCAGCUUUCCCACUGCUGGAAACAAUAACCAACACGAUUUAAGAAGAAAAUUAUUUUUAAUUAGGCUCUUGGAUUGAGGGAAUUGAGUCCAUAGUCAGCUGACUCCAAGGCAGGAACAUCAUGGUGGAAGAGCUUGGUGGCAUAAAUCUGCUUAGUUCACGGCAUCAGGGAAGAGAGCAUGAAACAAGCAGAAAGCAAAGACCAUGCAUAAUACCCAAAGCCGCCCCUCUGUGCCCCACCAAGACACACCAGGACCACACUCUGCUUAUCUCUUAAGCAUUUCUUAAUCCAAUGCCAAGUGGACAGAUCAGGAUUAACUGUGACACUAAAGGCCCCAAUGGUUAUUUAUAUCAUUUGCUUGAAAUUUGAACAGGUGUAAUAUCCAAUAAAAUAGCCAGGUGAGUGGUGCUUAUUUACUUAGUUAUUUUAUAGUAGUUUAGUUUUUUCUAAGACUCAUUAAAAUAGAUGUAUAACUACUGAAGCAAAAUAAUGUUUACUAAUAUGAUUAGCAUUAUUUUACUUUACUAAAACCAACUGAGAACCAUUUGAGGAACACAGAUUCUGGAUAUAGUGAAGACCAGAUACAAUAACACGGAGACAUAAAACAACAUGGCUUAUGUUGAGAACUCCAAUCAACUUGUAGGAGAUGUAAAGGAUGUCAAGGGAUGAGACUGAAACUGAACAAGGCUCACAGAAGACAGACUUCACCAAAAAGCCAUUCAGAAAUCACUGAAGGAUAUUAAGUGGGGAGUUCCAUGAUGAUAUCUGUGUUUUUGAACCUCUAGAGUAGUGGUGACUGGAUGGUGGCUUGGAGGACAAGGAGACCAAAGGCAGGAAAGCCGCUGUGAUAGUCACAUUGGAGAUGGAAAGGAAGAGAUAGAUUAGAAAGUACAGCUAUGCAUUACUUAAUGAUGGGACUAAAUGGUGGCCAGUGCAUCCUUUAACCAUUUCAUUGUGAGAAUACCAGUGUGUACUUGCAUGACUUGGACAUCCUAGGUGAUAUAGCGACAUAUAAUUUAAUUGGACCACCAUCUAUAUGCUGACAUUGACAGAAACAUUGUCAUAUGAUAUAUAGCUGUAUGUAUAAAACAGCAACCAGGCAAUCAUGGCCAAUAGAGAGUGAGAAUUUGUCAGAUCUGUGUGUGUGUGUGUGUGUGUGUGUGUGUGUGUGUGUGUGUGUGAUAGCUACAAGUUUGAACCCAGGGCUCAAAGGUAGGAGAGAGAGGAAGCUUUAGUAACUGCGAGGUUCCCAGAUGGGGAGGUUGGAAAGUAGUGCCACUCACAGGAACAUGCAUGGAGUUAAGUUUUAAAAGGGAUAAUAGAUUGGAGCACAUUAAGUGUAAGUGACCUACGAGAAGCUAUCUAGCAGACACCUAAAGGGAAGAGUGGGGCCCACAAGCAGAUACAUGAAUUCUCAUCACCCAUAGGAGGGGAGAGAACAAGAUAGGUGUUUAGAAAGGGGAAAGCCCCAAGGGCAGCACCCUGAGAAAUACCAAACUUUUAAAUGUUGAGAGAGGAAAGGCAACUUGAAAAGGACAGAAAAACAAUCAAGGCAAUGGGGAGAGAAUCCGUAACGAGCAGUUUCAUAGAAGCUGUUCAAGUUCAAGAAAGAUUAAAUAAUCAAGGUAAAAUACCUCAAGAAGGUCAAGUGCAGGGAAUUCUGGGACUGUGGUAAAGUCUGCAAAUGCAGUCAUAAUGGAGUUGUUGAAGAAGAGUGUGGCGAGCAAAAUGAGUCAGUGGAAGGCAGGAACGGGGUGAGAGGUGGUGGCUGGAGGGUCACACAAGCGUGAAGCCUCCUUCCUAAGAGAGCAGACAGCCAGACUUAUUUACAUGCAAGAAAGUAGCCAAAGGGUUGAGUAGGUUAAAAUGAUAGGAAAUGGAGGAAAGUUAAAUGAAGCAGGCCCCUUAAGGAUAUGAAAAGGAAUGAGAUCAAAAGAGUAUGGAGGAGCGAGAGUGGAGAAAUGGAAAAUUUUGUACAAAAUGUACAUUGCUGGUGGGAAUACAAAAUGGUGCAGGCCCUGUGGAAAACAGUUUGGUACCUCUUCACAGAGUUAAGAAUUACCAUAUGAUUCAGCAGUUCCACCCAAAGGCAUUAAAUGAGGGCUCUUGUGCUGUUGUCUUUGCCUCAUUAUUCCCAAUCAUCAAAGGUGGAAACCACUUAGUGUCUGUGAACAAGUAAAUAGGUAAGCAAACUGUGAUGUAUCCAUAAAAUGGGAUAUUCAGCCAUGAAAAGGAGUAAGUUCUGACAUUUGCUAUAACGAGAAUGAACUUUGAGAACACAAGGCUCAGUGAAAUAAGACAGGCGGAUCUGCACAAUUCCACUUAUGUGAAAUAGCUAAAAGGCAACUUCAGAGAGACACAAGGUAAACUGGGAGUUAUCAGAGGCUGAAGGGAAGGAAGAGAUGAAUUAGUAGGGCUUCUGAUUGAAGAGACAGAAAAAAAUUUAAAAAUAGUGGUGAUGACUAUGCCACAUUGUAAAUGUAAUUAAUGCCAUAGUACACUUAAAAAUGGUCAACGUGACAUUUUAUGUAAUACCCACUUUACUGUAAUAAAAUGUCUUUAACAUCAGCUACUAUAAUUCAUGAUGGUUCAAUUUCAUCGAUAAAAUAUUCAUGUAUCAAAAAAAGAACACCACAGAAUUAGUACAGAGCAAAACAUGGAUAAAAACAGUAUUUCUUGGUAUGUGAAGGAGAUUGUGGGUGAGAUUAGCUUUGAAUCAGUACACUGAAUAAAAACAUCUGCCUUCCUCAGUGUGGGUGGCCAUAUCCAGUCCAUCAGUGGCCCUGACAGAACAAAAAAGGUGGAAGAAGGGUACAUCCGUGCUCUCUGUCUGACCUGGGACAGACACCUCCCUGGCCUCAGACACAGGUGCUCCUGCGUGGUUCUCAGGCCUUUGUACCCUGACAAGGACUUACACCAUCCACUCCCUCCUGCCCACCUCUGCCGUUCUCAGGCAUUCAGACCUGGAUUUAAUUACACCACCAGCUCUCUUGACUUCUCAACGUCUACCUUGGUUAUAUCUAGACCAGUAUUUUAUGGGCUUUGUUUCUCUAGAGAACCCUCAUACAACUUGUUUCCAGAGACAUUAAUUUUCUUCUUAAGAAAGUUACCCUACAGUGUCUACUAUUUUUAGCUAAACAAAAAAGAGGGUCCUCUUCUCAGAGUGGAGCAGUGAGAAUUAAGGUUUAAUAAGGAACUAAAGAAGAAAAGGCCACCAAGAAGCAUGGUAUUGGGAGCCCAGGAACGAGUCCUGAUUGUCUGUCUUAAGAAUAUGAUGAGAAAAAUAAAAAACAGAAACAAGUAUAGUAUUGCAUCAAUGGCUGGGAAGGCAAUGUCUCUGGAUCAGACUUUCUCCACUCCUCAAGAAGCCACUAUUAGUUGUAUACAGUAACAGAUGGGGCCAGUAAAGGAUUACAACUUAUCAGAAGACUCAGACUCAAGAGGGCGUGGAUGAUCUUACGCUAAGAAGGAUCUUGUCCUGGAGUAUAAUCCUGAGUUAAGAAGGCAUAGAUGAUCUUAUGCUCAGAAGAGUCAAUGGGAAAUCUCAGAUGAGUGAUACCAGCAUUCCCAAACCUUCCUUCUAUUCCUUAGGGAAAUAUGCAAAAUUAGCCAUUGUGAAUUUAUGGUCCCCAACACAUGGGAGAAUGAAACAAGGAUAAACGAAAGAGUUGUUGAGAUGUUGCACAGACUCAGCUGAGAUUGGUAAAUUGCAAAUGUGUACUAUUCCAUCUUCAUGGCUCUGUUUCUGUAGCUGCAUUGGGUAGAGGAGUUAGGAAAGCUGGAGAACUGAACUUCUUCUGGAUGGGCAGUAGAGUGUGUGGCCUGGGCAAAAUGUAAGCUAACAGCCUCCGAAGGCUCUUUCAGAGGGCGAGGAGAACAGCUCCCACAGUCAACCAUGAGGUCAUACAAAAGAAGAUGCCAAAGGGAACUCAUAUAGAAUAAAAUGAAAAACUGGGUUUAACAGAAGUGAGGAGGAAGAGAGGCUAGGAUAUUGGACUUUUACUGUCACAGAGGUAGGAUUGUUCUGUGGAUGACAUCAUAAAAGUAAGUUCUAAAAGUGAAGAUGAAAUGUAGAAAUGAUCUAUGUGUUACAGAAGACUAACUGAUGUCACAAGUAGAUGAAAAUAUAAACAGUGGUUUAACUAUAGUAGUUUAUUUCUUGCCCAUAAAAUAAUCCAAAGGCUAGCGGGAAUGCCCUGCUUCACUGUAAUUCAAAACUCCAGCCAGCUGGAGGUGCUGUCAUCUUCCCCUGGCAACUUUCAAGUUCACUUGGGUGGAAAGAAAGGUCAAAGAAGACCCGCAUCAGUGGUUGUAGUAUGCAGGCCUGGAGGUGGUGUGCUUCUGUCUUCCCAUUUCAUUCUCCAUGCAGAGUGACAAACUGGUCUGGGAGAUGUGAAGUUUUAUGUCCUGUAAAAAGGACAAGAAGUAGCCUUUCCAUCCUGGGAGUUUCAAAUUCUUCAUUUUUAGAAGCAUUUGCUGUUUUGAUGCUGUUAUUUAGUUUAGUUCCUAAGUCCAGAAAUAAACUUCAAAAAAGGCUAAUGUUACCGGAACUAAAGAAAUCUUAUCUGACAAUAUAUGGAAAGUCUUCAUGUCUAACCAUAUUCCCCCCAGUCUAUCCUUCUAUAAUCUACCUAGAUUAAUUUCUGUGACCCAGUUUAUUCACUUGAUUAAAUGAGUUUUUAUCUGAAUUAGAAAUAUGUACCAAUGAUUUUUUCAUAAAACAGUUCCUUUAUCAUUCACUCUGUGCCACUAAAUGCAGGGAAGCACUCAUGAACUCACCAAAGACACUGGCCUUCACAUAAUCCAGAACACAUGGGGUUUCUGAAUCAAGUGCAAGACCCGUGUGGCUUGUGACAAAAUAAAAACUUCUAAACCACCCAAAUAGUUUCUCUCUGUCAAUAAUCCAGUCAGUAUUUAUUUAUUGUGUACUUUUAAAGGUCUCCCUAAGACAUAUGAUAUUCACCCCAAUUUUCCACCAAUAGCAAGGCAGGCACCUGAGUCACUGGCGGAAUGCUGAGCUCACAGUAACUCCACCCCAGGGAGCUGUGCAGUGUGGGGAGUGUGGGUGCGCUCUUGAAGGAAAAGUAAUUCCUCCUUCCCUCCCUGAAGAAACUGCAUGCCAAAAACCAUGUGGUAAAAUUGGAAAGCAUAAACUGAAGAGUUCACCAUCUUCCUUUCCAAUGUUUUAUGGCAAUCCUUCAGAACAUAAACUGUGUAUCUUGGUGGAGAAAGGCUGUUUGAAGAACCAUGGUGAAUUACUACAAAGUCCUGGGAGUACCUCAGAAUGCUUCCUCCUCUACCAUCAAAAAGGCCUAUCACCAUUUGGCCCUACAGGUCCACCCAGACAAGAACCCAGAGAAUAAGGAAGCAGCUGAGGAAAAAUUCAAACAAGUAUCAGAGGCCUAUGAGGUCUUGUCUGAUGCGAAGAGGCGCAGUGACUACGACAGAAUCAGAAAGAACUGUACCCACAGGGAAAGCAGAGGAGGUAGCAGGAAAGAAAGUCACCUGAAAGAGGAAAUGUGCUUUGAGAGGCCACACAGUGCCUUUGCUAAUGUUGUUGAAGACGAUGACCCCUUUUCAGGAGAUUAUUUUUCCACUGGCCACGUGGAUGGGCCCAAGAGAUCCCGAUCCUGCUUCUUUGAUGUGACUCCCAUAUUGGACACAGGAUUUUCCACUUUUGUAUCCCCCGGCUUUAGAUCAAGUCCCUCUAUUUCAAAGACAUUUGUACCCUUCGUAAGCAGUGGGAUGGGAAGUUUCAGACUGGUCACCACUUGUAGCCAGAUAGUAAAUGGCAAGAAGGUUGUUACAAAGAAGGUUCUAGAAAAUAUGAGGGGGGGAGAUUGAAGUGGAGAAAGAAAAACUAUUUCAUCAGUUCUCUUCAUGUCUUUGGUAAGGAGUUGGUGGUGUGUUCUGUAAAGGGACUUUGAUAUGAAACUUGUGUGUCUUCAUGAUUUUCAAAGACAGUUGGAAUCUGAGAAUGUGUUGAGCUGGAAUGGACAGAAGUCUGCUUAGUUCAGAUCUCUCAUUUCACUGGGGAGGGGAAUUAUGGGCCAAAUAUUAACACAAGAAACUAACAUGAGGCAGAGUUGAACAACUGAGUCUUCUGAGUCUCAGUUGAGCCAUCUUUCCCUUUACUUUGCACACUGGUAUACCUGAGACCACCGCCAGAGACAGGGCCUUCCAGGCCAGUUGGAGCACACUCUUUCACAAAUCCCAUGACCUCCUUCCGCUUCCUCCCGGUCUGCUGUGUGGCUGCUCAGGUGCCCCUUCUGUGGCUGCUCUUUUUCUCUCCCAGGCUCUUUCUCUUUGCUCUUUCUCUUCCCAGUCCCCCUUUCUUCCCACUCAUUUUACAUGGACCCUAUCAAAAGCAGGCUGGAUUGCUUGUUAUCUUGAAUUAGAUAAAUGUGACAGAGAAAUAAUGGGUUGUUUUAUUGUUUUUGUCUCUUGUAGCUCUGGACCUAAGGGCUUCCCGCCCCUAAGCAGCAGCUUCGGCCCUUUUGCUGCAUUUUUUUUUUUUGUUUUGUUUUGAGGCAGGAUCUCACUAAAUUGCUGGGGCAGGACACAAAUUUGGAAUUCUGCUUCAGUUUCCCUCAAAUCUGGGAUUACAGGCAUGUGUCACUGUGCCCAGCAGGGUAUAUAUACAUAUAGAAGUAAUAUAAUAUAUACAAUAUAUAUUUUUAAUACCUAGUAUGCCAAUCAAUCUUGGUAGCGAACUUGAUUAACAGAUUCCUAGAAAGGUAAUUGGAUUGUGAGGGCACUCACCUCACGGAUGAGUUGUCAGUGAGUUCAUAGCUGAAUGGACUCAUUAGAAAGCGAGACCUAGACGGAGGGAGUGGGUACCAGCCCUUCCUCUCUGGUUCUAUCAACCGCUCACUUUGUGACCACCAUGAGCUGGGCACCUUCCCUGCACCAUACAUUUCUGCAUGUUUCUGCUCUGGAGCCAACUGACAAUGGACUGGAAGCACUGUGAGCCAAACCAAAAUAAACCCUUCCUCCUUUAAGUUGUUUGUGUAGAGUAUUUGGUCCCAGCAAUAAAAAGCUGACUAAUACAGCGAGCACUAUUGAGUGCUUAGGAGGUCUCUCAGAAACCCUUUGGGCAAUGAAAUUCAGUUGCUGCUUUUUUCCAUCAUCUAGAUAAGGAAAUGAGGCUUAGAGAAAUUAAAGAACAUACUCCAGUCCCCACCUAAUAAGCAAAAAAUGAUGCCUUACUCUACUGCACGUUCUUAUCUACUGAGCUACGACAUCUAAGGAUCCUACUCAUUUAUUUUUAAACCUAGGGUCUUGCCCUUAUUGAAAGUAUAGAUUUCUCCUAUGCCUGAGUGUCUGGUGGAACAUAUUUAACAGGCAAACAUUUUGAAUUUUAUGGUCCAAUGGGAAUUUGAAGGUUACUUUCACAUGAAGACAGAACCACUCUAGUGAGUUUCAUAAGAGCUAACAAAUGAUUAGCCAUUUCCCAAGUUAUGAAAUUAUAUUUUAGGCUUGGAUUAAAUCAUAAUUUAGAUGCAUGAAAAAUUUGUAGGAAGUUUGUGUAGCCGAAAUCAGUCAUAUGUCAACCUCUUUAAUCUGUGUUUAUGAACAGACUGGAACCAGAAGAGCUGUUCCUUAUGAAAGUUCCUGAUUGAAUCUGCACUAGAAUCUCUGAUUUCCAGUCUCCAGCACACCGUGCUGCAUGGCAAAAUUUGGAUUUCAUUCACAAUUGCAAUUUUUAAAUCACAUUUUAUUAUGUGACAAAUUAAUUAUUAAGUGACAAAGCUUUGUUGGCAGGAGGGGUGGGGUUGAAGAAUUGGACCUGGGGAUGCUCUCUAUCAGCCUCUACUCUUUUCAUUUUUCUUUUUUUUUUUUUAAAUUUUAUUUAAGGAGAAAAGAAAAAAAAGCAGGGAAAGGGUACAAAUUAUACAGAUUUACAGAAAAAAAUGAACAGUAGGAAAUCACUAGUUAAUGGAUUACAUAUUGUCAUCUUGGAAAUAAUUGUUGAAGUCACAAAAUUAAAGCUUGUAAAGUGGACAUUCCAUCAAUGAUACUGCAAACAGUUCUGUUCAUUGAUCCAAUAAAACUCUGUGAUAUCAUUUUCUAUCUUAUACACUUAAAUAUACAUGCAGUUAUAUAGUUUGGAGCACUUUCUUUUCCUCUCUUUUGUACCAUGACUAUUACACAUUUUGGGUUUCAUUGCUCCCACGGUUCUUAUUACUUUUUUGGAAGAGAGUAAAACCAAAUGUGACAUAACAGAACAGAAUCGGUCAAGUCAAAAGGGUGGACAUAAUAGAUAAUGUAAAAACAUAAUACAAGGUGAUCAACAAUGGUUACCAUAAUGCCUCCUGCUAUCUCUAAUAGAAUUGCCUAUAUCGUUAGUUAUAAUACAAUUGAACAAAACAGUAAAGAAUAAAACUGACAAAACCAAAACAUUGGAGACAUUGUAGGUCUUCAAAAGUAGAUAAAAGUCAACAAGAAUGGGCGUCAUAAUGAAUCUCAUUAUCUUCACAGCUGAUGCCUAAACUUUCGAACCUGAUACUAUCCAGCAAAACAGAAUAGGGGAACAUCAGUUAAAAACCAGAUGGUGAGAGUAAUACAGGGCUUCAAAUCAAGGUAAUGGAAAGUCAAAGUGGGUUACUAUAAUAUAUCCUGCUAUUUUUUUCCUUUAAUUAAAAGGAUAAAGAUAAAAAAGUAAAUAAUGGAGUGGAGAUUGAGAUAAAAGAGGGCAUAACAGCGAAACAGCGCAGAUCAAAACAUAACCAUUUAAGCAGAAUAGUGUUUCACCACCAGAUAAUCCUAACCUAAAAGUAGUUACCAUAUUGUCUCUUUCUUUCAAAUCCUUGAGUACAACUUCGUAUACUGUAGCAUUAAGUAUAUCAAAACAAUGUAAAACCAUUCAAGAGAAUGACAGCAUUACAGAGUAUUUAGAAUCGACUAACAGGAAAUGAACAAUGGUUUCUGUAUAAUCUCCUUGUCUUUAAAAGGUUUUUGCUUAUACUAUCAUACAUAAUUGUUGGGAGCCACGGCCGAGCCCGGUCGCCUUACUUGGCGGACGUGAGGCCUGUAAGAAAGAGCAAAGCCUGAGCUAGAUUACCCCUCCCAUCGAGUGUGCUAAGAUGGCGCUUAUCUCCUGCUUCCUGCUUGGUAAACAACCCGCUCUGUAAGAUAGUCUGCCUAGCAACAACUGAUGUUAGCCAAUCAGCCCGCAUCGCGCGCUUUGAACUGAUUGGCCACUGUAACCCUAUAAAAGUGAGUGCCUCUCCCGCCACGAGAGAAGAAGCACGGAAGGAGCCGCGGAGAGCGGACCAGUAGAGGCUUCAGGACAGACUGUAGAGAAGAAACACGGAAGGAGCCGCGGAGAGCGGACCGGUAGAGGCUUCGGGACAGACUGUAGAGAAGAAGCACGGAAGGAGCCGCGGAGAGCGGACCGGUAGAGGCUUCGGGGCAGACUGUAUAAGGAGAGAAUAAAGAAAAGCCUGACCAUCGCCAGAUAUUGUUGCAUGUUCUUCCUGCCGGCCGGGAGCGACACCGACACAUAAUAAAAUCCAAUAAGAUACAGCCUAUUUAGACCAUUGGAGACAGAAGGACAAAAGCUAGAUGAGACUUCAAAACAAGAUGAUACUAAAUCAGUAUUACCUAUUAAGAUGUCAUUUUCUCCAAAAUAGCUGUUCCUAUCAUCCAAUCUUCUCUGCCUCAUUUCUGUUGAGCUCUUUUUCUGUCAGUAGCUGUCAGUUUGUCUUCUUCAUUUUGUUCUCUGCUCCAUUCAUUGUGGCCUCUCUGCCAUUAUUUCUGGAUUCUUUGUAUUUUUCUUUUUUUAGAAUAUCCUGCAAUACUCUCUGUAGAGUUGAAUUGGUGGUUGCAAAUUCCCCCAGUUCCUCUUUAUCCUGGAAGCACCUUGUUUUUCCAUCAAUUGCCAGGGACAGUUGUGCAGGAUAUCUCAAUCUUGGUUGGAGAUUAUUAUCUUUCAAAGCUUGAAUUAUUUCCCCCCACGCUCUUCGUGAUUUGAUGGUUUGUGCCGAGAAAUCUGCUGUAAUUCUGAUGGGUGUUCCCUUGU